UGUGUAGAGAACAUUACCCAGUUGCAGCGCAUCUUAUUAACCUAUAUUCCGUCCUUUCCCUCUGUCUCUCUCUAUCUUUAUUCAAUACAUUUUGUAUUGCGAGGAUGAAAAUGUCAUAUGCCAAUGUUGCAGCCGUCUGUGUUGUGCUUGUUCUGCUUCUUGGGAAAGCACAAAUGUCUAUGGGUGUAACUUGCAAUGCGUUGCAGCUGAGCCCAUGUGCAAGUGCCAUCACAUCCUCCACCCCUCCCUCACCCCUUUGUUGCAGUAAAUUAAAGGAGCAGAGGCCUUGCCUCUGCAACUAUGUCAGGGAUCCUAAUCUUCAAAAGCUUGUCAACUCUCCCAACGCACGGAAGGUUGCUAGCAUUUGUGGCUCCCCAUUUCCCAAUUGCUGAGUUUCUAUACAACUUGAAAUGGUAUUAAGAGUGUCAGUUUGUGCGUUGAGAGUAGAGUAAUUGGGGUGCAGUCUUAUCAGUGCUACAGUAAUUGCAUGCUUGUAUAAUUAAAAUAAUUAAUAUUGGUUUGAGUCAGUCUUGUGGAGUGGGUUUACUCUCUUUGAUAUUGUACUAUGAGUUCAGCUUUCUCAUCAGAAUAGUGAACUAAUAUUUUUCAUGUUCUUUCAGUGAGUUCAGUUGUUUCAUCCUA